GUGGUGGGGACCGCGGUGUGGCACGCCGAUUUAUAUAGAAGAAGAAACGCUUGCCACACCAGCACUUGAGAUUCGAACGGUGAAAUCGUCGUAUCCCAGUCGUGAAUCUCCGCACCGUUGAGUUGCGCAUCGUCAGUGAAAUUGUCGCGUCUUCGUCGUCGAGUUCGUGGAACACCUCGAUACACUUGAGUAAUCAUGUUCAAAUACAUUGCACUGUUCACCGCCAUGCUUUGCCUGGUGAACUCUCAACGACCAUGGCACGCUGGCAGCAGCAACCGGCUGCCAAUGGUUCUCCCGCAAUACAUUGACGAGCGAAUAGCAGCGGAACAAGCGAGCCAAGUGACCGAAGUGGGCCAAACUGGCGUGCAACCAGGCCAAGCGGUUCAACCAGACCAAGCGAUCCAACCAGGCCAAGCGGUUCAACCAGGCCAAACAGUUCAACCAGGCCAAACAGUUCAACCAGGCCAAGCGAUUCAACCAGGCCAGACAAUUCAAUCAAACAUAGGAGUUCGACCAGUGCAACCAUUCCAUCCAGGACAAGCGAUUCAACCAGUGCAAGGAGCCCAAGUACCUCAGGGAGCAUCAGCUUUCGCUAGCGCCGACGUAGGACUAUCGAGUCGAAUCAACGGAAGCGACGUAAAUAACAUCAUGACAGCGCAGCCGUCAGUCCUCGGCACGACGUUCGCGACCACCACGAUAAACCCGGCUGAUCUACCGGUCGACGCUCACGGUGACGUCGACCUGGUGAACAGAAUCAAGACCUGGCCGAGGGAGAAGCAGCCCUUCUGGUACAUCAACUGGCAGGCGAUCCAGGCGCAUCGCGGCGACGUGAACAACAGUGCCCAAGUGGCGCAGGUGCAGCCUAAUCUGAGAUCAUUCUUCGCAGGCUAAGGGACUGGACUGUUCUUCAGUCGCCCACUGACAAGACUGUAAACUUGAGCAUUCCUCUUCUUAGCAGUAGGAUAAGAGAUGCGCGAGCGCAUACGUGCGUAUAUUCGCGGCCGCUGACGAUAGCGGUUUAUUCCUAGUCAAAAUCGGCUUUUCGGGACGAGAGACGAAGUUGUCGCGACUCGAAGAGUCGUCAUUCAGGAUUAUCCUAUUGAUCCCCGGUUCCUUGGUGACAAACCACUCGCUGACGCGAUCGAAGCGAGGCCCGUAAAACGAACGGUCUCGAGCGACUGUGCGAGUCAUUUGCGCAACCAACGUGCCUUCAUAACAGAAGAGGCACCGAGAUUUUUAUAUGAAAACACAGAAAAUUGUACAAGAUUAUACAUGAUCUUAUAAUAGAAUAAAUUUCGAUAUUCUUGAAAGAA